AUGUCUACCUCUACCGCUCAAUCUAUCUUUGGUCGCUGGUUUCUUGCGUCUGUUGACGACAAGCCUGCCGCUGAUGUACUACGAAUCGGAGCAGCUGCCGAAGGCAUUGAGACCGCUCUUGUGGACGACUCCCGCAUACCGGUUCGAAUUUCUGAUAUCCGGCCUGGCGGUAAAUAUUAUUCCAUCGUCAAGCUUCAAAUCAAAUUCGAAAAGCAACUAUCGUCUGACACCCGGUGGGCCCACGGUACUGGCUGGCUAAUUGCUAAUGAUCUUGUUAUUACUGCUGGUCACUGUACCUAUGACCAUACAUACAAUUUCCGCAAAGCUGUUAAGAUCCGUGCUUAUAUCGGUUACAAUGGUAAACAGUCUAUUGGACAGCCAGACGUUCAGUUUCGACAAGGUCGCAAGAUAGUCACCCCCAUGGAGUGGACUACUAGCGAUAUCAAUCGUGCUAACGACGUUAGCCUGAUUUUGCUGGACACCCCGUUUAACAGCGUUACACCUAUCAACUAUAACCCAACUGCCGCGGCCUUUAAAGACUGUAAACUCGGAGUCGUUGGAUACCCGGAUGAUAGGACCCUCGACGAUGAGCCCGGUCCCCAGAUGUACGAGAUGUUCAAAGAAACAACCUGCGAUUUAUCCAAGACGUCACUCAACAUGCUCGAGCACACCAUUUCAUUUGGUCCAGGUCAGUCCGGUUCUCCUGUUCUCAUCGAUGGACAGAAUACUUCGAUCGGAACGAAUGUCUACGGACUCGGUACCAGGAACUCGGCGAGCGUUAUCCGUGGAGAAUACGGAAAUUACUAUAAAAGCAUGGUAGAUGCACUUAGCAGUACAGAGGCCCCUGUCACAACUCGCAAUGGCGUUGAGUAUAUCAAGAUUACUCAGCCAGAAGACGCAAUCACGAACGAGCCUGCUGGCGAUGAAGAAGCCUUCUGGGGCUGCCUGAACAAUGUCGUUAACAUUAGUGCCAGAAUUAACAGUACUGUGCUUCAUGUCGGAACCCCCUUCUUGGGUCCCAUUGUUGCACCUGUUACGGCUGUAGUAGGUACAGCACUUUCAGUCAUUGGUAAGCUUACGUCGAGGAACACCGAGGUUGCUUUUGAUGACAAGCUUGGCCCCCCCUGCGCCCACCACGGCUGA